UAAAGCCCCCCGCGCUACACGUCCAGGGCUCAGACGAGCUUCCAUUGCAGCGGCGUGAACAGCGUCCGCCCACCUCCCGCCCAGAUUUCCUUUUCUAAAAAAAAAGGUGUCAGGCGGCCGUACCACUAACGCCCGGUAGUUUUCUUGGAUUAAUUUAAUAUCAGAGGAAAGGAGAGUGAAAUUGUUUCAAAGAAGAAAGAAAAUAUUGCACCUUCCUGAAUAAGAGUAAUCGAAAUAAUAAAAGUUUCCCAAGAAUAACAAUCCAGAUAAAGUGAACUUUGGCGGAAACCGGUGUCUUGGUUAAAGUGGGGUUUUGUAGAGUGCAAGACUUAACCUUGAAAUCGGGGGAUUCACGAACCGGCGGUUCUUGAGCUCACGGCGACGGCUCCGGGACAGGGACAGCAGCAUUUGCGUCGUUUGGAAGAGAAAGACUCGACUGAAAACUCUUAGAUUCGGUCUUGAAAAGAAUAUGAUGUUUAAUAGCUUCCAUGACUGUAUGUUCUUUUAGAACUCUGACCUCGUGACCAAGUAAUUAGGCCAAAAGGGAGGAACAAAAUAGGUAAAUCAAAAGCACAGAUGUACUCAACUAUAGAACUUCUUUUCACAGCAGAAAACAUGCCAUUUGCUUGCCCGUAGUCACUGCGGAGAGAACUCAAAAAGAAUAGACGUGAGUUGGGUGCGCAGGUGUUACAAACAUAUGUGCAGUUGAAUAUCUCAUAGGUGCUAAGUUAUCAAAAGGUGGUGAUGGCCACAUACGCUGCAUAUCGCCAUGUGGAGCUUGACAGAGUGGGCAUGGGGAAAAAAAGGGUUUUGAAACCUCCUGGCGGUGGCUCGUCUAUCAGCUUCGGCGAAGAGGACAACCUGAGUCCCAGAGGUAAUUCGACCCCCGUGGAAGAAGCCCCCAAGAAUGAUAACCAAGAGCAGCAGUCGCCAAAGGCUGAAACUAAUGGUACGAGUUCUCCCCCACAAACUCCCAAAGAAAAUGGCACUAAUUCUGUCACAGAAAAUAGUCCCUCCACUGCCACAAACACUGCCACCACCAAUGGUGUUGCACUUAAUGGCACUGUUACUAAUGGCACCACAAGUGGUUCUUCCACUCCAAACUCUUCCAGGCUAGAUACGCAGAAUCGUCUCUUUGGCCAAGAGCCUCAAAAGAUGUCAAUGUCAAGCCGCAGGGUGCGGGAUCAUCAUCGCAGUAAUAUUUUCUCCGACUCAGAUGAGAACGUUCCAAGUAAAUCAGCUCUCUUGCUCUCUGAUGCAUGCUCUCAGUUUAUCGCCGACCGUGGACCCGGCGCGACCCCGUCACUGGUGUGGGGGUUUUGUGCUGGGAUCUCCACGCACCACGCUUUGCACCAAUUAAGAGGAAAGCUAACCCUGUUGGGAGUGAAACUCCUGAACCCAAGACGCCUGAGGUCAAGACACCUGAGCAGCCCCAGCCACAAAUUCAACAGCAGCAGAGGCAGCGUGUCCCCCCUGGUGGAUUUUCUUCCAAAUUGUGGUAGAUUUGUCCAUCCUACUAAUCCAAGACAGAGGUGGCAUUAUGCAUUGAACAUGACAUAAACUGUAUUAGGCUACUACUACAAAUAGAACAUUACUACUACUGUUACUACUCACUGGUCAAAUUUCAGUGUAAUGAAUACUAAUCUAAUGCUGAUAACUUUUAAAUAGAUUUCUAGCUAUGUGUAUCUUUUAGUGUUAGCUUAAUAAGUAACCUAUCUUUGGAAUAUCAGAAAAUAAGAGGAGGAAUGUGGUUUCAUCUGGAAACUAACAGGUAAUCAUUUUACUUGUGUGGCAUGUAUUUUAAGUUUUUGUUUAAACUACCACAGCUCAAACUUUUAUUUUUAAAAGGUAAAUAUCAAUUCUUAAUUCUUAAGUAACAAUGUUAAAGCACAUUCCAAACCUGUGACCAAAGAAAGUUCAACACCCUUGUAAUAUAAAUUCACCACAAAAUGGGUCAAUUUUAUUAUGUAAGAGAGUAUUACAUAACAAAAAGUUGCUCAGAAAACUAAUGAGGCUUCAAGUAUAUUUAGUUGCCCACCAGUUCAGUGAUUUAAAGGUGUUACUUUUAAUUGCCAAAUCUUUCUCAUUAUGUUUGUUUUUCCACCUUGACUCAUAUCAUGCUCUUUAGAACCAGUUGUUGAGUUUUAGGUGAAACUUGUCAUAGUGUUCAGGUGAAGGUGGUUUUUUUUUUUUUUCUUAAUAUAGAUUUGUGGUAGCAGUGAAGUUGAUAGGUUGCUGUUGUACUUUUGUCUUUAGUUAUAUAUAACUUCAUUAAAUACUGUAUGCAUGUUGCUCAAUGAUAAAUAUCCUGGGGAAAGCUAGGAAGCCUGUUAGGUAAUUCCAUUAUUUAAUGGCUUUUUAUUGGAAGUUUUCUUUAUUGUAUUCAUAAUAAAGGAGCCCAUCCAUUUCAUAUAGAUUAAGGAAAAAGUCUCACUAGGAGUGAAAUGAGAAUCUUCAAAGUAAUUUGAACGAUCAUGUGCCUAAUGCUCCAUCCGUACUUAUACAGUGUUUGUAAAAUUGUCAUCUUGUCUUGUGUUUGGUAGAUGAAAAUAAUUUUUUUAAUUACUUUGAUGUAUUGCAAGGUAUUUUCCUUUAGUAAACCUUUUCUUUUCCCCUCAUGCACCCUUUCCAUAACUUUAGAGGUGUAUUCCAUCAAGUCUGUGAUAAUUUGUAUGGCCUUCGUUCUCUGGAGAUCUGAGCUUCACAUACAUGGAAGCUAAUCCUAGCAGAACCAGCAGCAAUUUUUUCUCAUUAGAAAAUGUUGUUCGCUGCCCUGUGGAUUGCUUUUGUUGAUGAUAGCAGUAUCUGUUGAGUACUUUGGGUAACUGUUAUUGCUGGAAGGGUCAUGGCACGAAUUUGGGUUUCUAAUGAACUCCAUUUUUUACAACUGGCUCCAUUUGGCUGUAGCAGAAAUCAGUUUGUAUUAAUUUUAAUAAACCUAAUUAUGUAAAAGUA